AUGGCGGACAAACUCACCAGAAUUGCCAUUGUCAACAGUGACAAGAAAUGUCGACAAGAGUGCAAGAAGUCUUGCCCCGUGGUGCGUACUGGCAAGCUCUGCAUCGAAGUGACGCCGGAUUCCAAGAUUGCCUUCAUCUCGGAGCGCCUCUGCAUUGGAUGUGGUAUCUGUCCUAAGAAAUGUCCUUUCGGUGCCAUUCAUAUCAUCAACCUGCCGACCAAUCUCGAAACUCAAGUUACCCACCGUUAUUCGGCUAACAGCUUCAAAUUGCAUCGUUUGCCUAUGCCUCGACCCGGCCAGGUACUUGGUUUAGUCGGCGCGAACGGUACUGGAAAAAGUACAGCUCUGAAAAUUCUCAGUGGUAAACUUAAGCCCAACCUUGGUCGCUAUGACGAUCCACCCGACUGGCAGGAAAUUCUCAAGUACUUCCGUGGAUCUGAACUUCAGAACUACUUCACGAAGGUGCUGGAAGACAAUUUGAAGGCUGUCGUCAAGCCCCAAUAUGUUGACCAGAUCCCCAGAGCGGUUAAGGGCCCCGUGAAAGAAGUCGGCCCUUUGAUUGAGGCCCGUUCUCAGAUGGACAACAUGGAAAACAUCAUGGAAGUCCUUGAACUCAAACAGGUUGAGAACCGUGACAUUUCUCUCCUCUCCGGUGGAGAGUUGCAACGUUUUGCUCUGGCUUUGGUUUGCGUUCAGCAGGCGGACGUGUACAUGUUCGAUGAGCCGAGUUCAUACCUCGAUAUUCGUCAGAGACUUGCUGCUGCUCGUACUAUUCGUGAAUUGCUCCGCCCUGAUGACUAUGUUAUUGUUGUCGAGCACGAUUUGUCGGUUCUAGACUACCUCUCCGAUUUCGUCUGUGUUCUCUAUGGUCGACCGGCUGUCUACGGAGUUGUCACUCUACCAUCGUCGGUUCGUGAAGGAAUAAACAUUUUCCUUGAUGGACAUAUCCCUACGGAAAACUUGCGUUUCCGUGAAGAAUCCUUGACCUUCCGUAUCGCCGAAGCCGGUGACGACUUCUUGGUCGAUAAAGAUCGUGCAUUCAGCUACCCAAGUAUGGAAAAGACUAUGGGCAAUUUCCAUCUGAAGAUUGAUGCGGGUAAAUUUACCGACUCGGAAAUUGUUGUUCUGAUGGGUGAAAACGGCACUGGUAAAACUACAUUCUGUAAAAUGCUUGCCGGAGCUGAGAAGCCAGAUGGAGGUGCCUCCGUACCUCGUAUGAACAUCAGCAUGAAGCCCCAGAAGAUAACCCCGAAGUUCCAAGGCACAGUUCGGCAAUUAUUUUUCAAGAGGAUCAAGGCUGCUUUCCUUAACCCACAAUUUCAGACAGAUGUCUACAAGCCUCUUAGAAUUGACGAUUUCAUUGAUCAAGAAGUUCAAAAUCUGUCUGGUGGUGAAUUGCAACGUGUUGCCAUUGUUCUCGCCCUCGGCAUUCCAGCUGAUAUCUAUCUGAUCGAUGAGCCUUCGGCUUACCUUGAUGCAGAACAGAGAAUUACUGCCUCGCGAGUUAUCAAGAGAUUCGUCAUGAACACAAAGAAGACUGCUUUCAUCGUUGAGCACGAUUUCAUCAUGGCUACUUACCUUGCAGACCGCGUCAUAGUGUUCGACGGCAAGCCAUCCAUCGAUGCUCACGCGAAUGAGCCUGAAUCGCUUCUCACUGGCUGCAACAGGUUCCUUAAAAACUUGGACGUUACGUUCCGUCGGGAUCCAAACAGCUUCCGGCCCCGUAUCAACAAGUACCAGAGUCAACUUGACCAGGAACAGAAGUUGAAUGGCAAUUACUUCUUCUUGGAAGAAGAGAGUUGA